GGCAUCACAUGCAGCUCAGCAGAAUGACGCGAUCAGAGGGAGUUCAGCAGCUCCAGGAUCCUCAAGAGGAGCUCAUACACACACACACAUACACACACCGCUGGAUUACUACAACUUCUCCACCAAAACUCCAACACCGACCCUCUCGACAGAUCCGGCUGGAAGAUCCUCAGAGUCGGUGUGAUCAGGCGCAGUACACGCAGAUCUUUAAACGCGCUGUUUUGUCUUGUCUAUUAAACCAAUAAGCGACAGAUGACAUAGUUUACUUUUAGUUUCUGUCUCGUGUGUCUUUUUGGGAUCGGUUUUACGCGUCUGGAGAGAGUCAGUGUCCGGCAACUCUUCAAGUAGACAUGCUGGACGGAAUCAAAAUUGAGGAUCAGUUCAGGACAGGAGCGGAGACUCUAGGAGUGAUGCUGGGUGCAGACUGCGCUCAUCAUCAGAGUGUGUGUGAAGGCUGUCACCGGCCGAUCUCUGACCGCUUCCUCCUGCGCAUGAACGACAGCUCGUGGCAUGAGGAGUGUUUGCAGUGCUCGGUGUGUCAGCAGCUUCUCACCAUGAGCUGCUACUCCAGAGACCACAAACUCUACUGUAAACACGACUACCAACAGCUGUUCGCCACCAAGUGCAGCGGGUGUCUGGAGAAGAUCUCCCCUACGGAGUUAGUGAUGCGCGCACUGGAGAGUGUGUAUCACCUGAGCUGCUUCUGCUGCUGCGUGUGUGAGCGCCGGCUGUGCAAAGGAGAUGAGUUUGUGCUGAAGGAAGGACAGCUGCUCUGCAAGACCGACUACGAGAGAGAGAAAGAUCUCGCCAGCCCAGACCUCUCCGACUCCGACAAAAGUGAGGAUGAAGAUCUGGAUGUGAAGCCGGAGAAAGGCGCUGGCGGUCAGGGAAAAGGCAGUGAUGACAGCAAAGACCCUCGCAGACCCAAAAGACCCCGAACCAUCCUCACCACACAGCAGAGACGUGCAUUUAAGGCCUCCUUCGAGGUCUCGUCCAAACCGUGCAGAAAGGUGAGAGAGACUCUGGCUGCUGAGACGGGUUUGAGUGUUCGAGUCGUGCAGGUGUGGUUUCAGAACCAGAGAGCAAAGAUGAAGAAAUUAGCACGCCGACAACAGCAGCAACAGGAGCAGCAGAACUCUCAGAGACUCGGACAAGAUGUGAUGUCCAGCCGGAUGGAGAAUCUGAUGAGCUCUUACACACCGCUCGCUCCUCCUCCUCCGCAUGCGUUGGUAUCUAUGGAGAGCAGCGGAUACAGCACAGACCCCUUCCAGCAAGGCCUCACGCCGCCGCAGAUGCCCGGAGACCACAUGAACCCAUAUGGAAACGACUCGAUUUUCCACGACAUUGACAGCGACACAUCUCUAACCAGCCUGAGCGACUGUUUCAUGAGCGCAUCGGAUGCCGCAGCCCUGCAGAGCCGCGUGGGAAACCCCAUCGAUCGCCUGUAUUCAAUGCAGAGCUCCUACUUCACCUCCUGAAAGCAAACCCUGAAGCUAAACAUCCACAAACACUACCUAUCAGAUACGUCCAGCGCUGCAAACACUAACCAUCAUGUUAAAAAGGCUUUUCUUAUCUGGAGUUUUUGUCUUGUUUCUAGUCCAAAUAUCUAAAAGUUCUCAAAUCAAAAAGUAGGAAAUUUUGGGUCUCAUUCAAUAACCAUUUUCUAAAUAUAGGAAAAAAGUAAUAAUAAUUCGAUUUCGUUUUCACGAAUGAAUCAUGAUUUGACAAAACUUUUAAAAAUUGAUGGUUAAUGUGCAAAAAAAUUUUAAUAGAUUUUACGAAUAAUUCAUGAUUCGUCAGGGGCCUCAUGUAUAAAGGCUUACAUUAAAUUCAUACUAAAUUAUUGCGUACAGCUGUAAAUAUGCGUACGCAGUGUUUCAUACAUCUAAAUUUUUAACUGCGUACGCACAUUUACAGCUUUGUCUGUAUGCAAUGUUUUAGUAUGAAUUUAACGCAAGUCUUCGUACACGAGGCCUCUGAUGAAUCAUGAAUUAUUCGUAAAAAUCUAUUACAUUUUUUUUUUACAUUUACCAUCAAUUUUUAAAAGUCCAAAAGCUUCAGAAUCCUGCGCAUAUUCUGUUUGUACAUCUGAAUUAACGUGAAACUGAGCGCAAAACCCCUCCCUGCCUCCUCCCCCGUAUAAAUAUGGUAAUGACUCUACUUUGACAAGACCAAAUAAAAAAGCAAUGGCAAAAGCAAGC